AUGGCCAACUACAAGUAUCAAUCGGGUUUUGGAAAUGACUUUGAGACUGAGGCUCUUCCUGGAGCUCUCCCUGUCGGCAUGAACACCCCUCAAAAGGUUCCUUAUGGUCUGUAUGCUGAGCAACUGUCUGGAACUGCCUUUACUGUUCCUCGUGAGGAUCAACAGCGCACUUGGCUGUAUCGCAUUCGUCCAUCUGUCUGCCAUGCUCCAUUUAAGCGAAUAGCCUCUGAGCAACUUGUCCGCAGCUUUUCUGUCGUUGGUGACGAGGAUUCAAAGGUUGAAUGCGAAUCCACUCCCAAUCAGCUCAGAUGGUCUCCUUUCCCCUUUUCCACCGAAUCAAACACUGAUUUUAUUCGUGGUCUACACACUGUAUGUGGUGCCGGUGCUGCAGCCAGUCGAUCUGGCCUUGCCAUCCACGUUUAUGCUGCAAAUGCUGACAUGAAGGAUACUGCUUUUUACAACUCGGACGGCGACUUUUUAAUUGUUCCCCAGCAAGGCACUCUUGAUAUUCAAACCGAGCUUGGAUUCAUGUCUGUUGCUCCUGGGGAGAUCUGCGUCAUUCAGCGUGGCAUUCGCUAUGCCGUUAAGCUCCCUGACGGUCCUAGCCGAGGAUAUGUUCUCGAGAUCUUUGAUCGUCACUUUGAGCUGCCUGGUCUUGGUCCAAUUGGAGCCAAUGGUCUUGCCAACGUUCGUGACUUCCUCCACCCUGUUGCUGCAUAUGAGGAUCGUGAUGGUAUUGAUUUCACUAUUAUCAACAAGUUCCAAGGCUAUCUGUUUUCCACUUCCCAAGGCCACUCUGCUUUUGACGUUGUUGCUUGGCAUGGCGGCUAUACUCCCUACAAGUACAAUUUGGCUCGUUUCAAUACCAUCAAUACCGUUUCGUUUGAUCAUCCUGAUCCAUCAAUCUUUACUGUUCUUACCGCAAAGUCGGGUGUUCCGGGUGUUGCUUUGGCUGAUUUUGUUAUUUUCCCUCCCCGCUGGAUGGUUGCUGAAAACACCUUCCGUCCUCCCUAUUACCAUCGCAAUUGCAUGACCGAAUACAUGGGUCUCAUUUCUGGAGGAUAUGACGCAAAACAAGAAGGCUUUGUUCCCGGCGGUGCUUCACUUCACAGCAUGAUGACCGCACACGGACCUGACCGUGAGACAUUUGAAAAGGCCACAUUAGAUGAUCUCAAACCAAUCAAACUGCGUCCAGAUGGUCUUGCAUUCAUGUUUGAGACGAACCAGAUGCUAUCAGUGACCAAGUGGGCACUGAAAAAGCUUCCUGGUACCGGCGGUGAUGUUCUCCAGCCCGACUACUACAAGUGCUGGCAAGGACUAAAAAAAUAUUUUGAUCCCAAGAACAUCAAUGCUGGACCUGCACCUACAAAGUCUGCUUGAUAAUACUAUUGCAUGUUGCUUGAAUGUGAUAAUUAAACAUCAUUGCUUUCUAUCGCAUAAAAACAUUUGUAAAGAUUUG